UCAUUGCCUAUAAACCCAACCACCACCCACUCGCCACCGGAUCAUCGUUCCUUCCAAUAAGCAGCCUUCUUCUUCUUCUUCUUCUUCUUCUUCUUCUUCAUGGAGCCUAAUGGCACCACCACCAACUACAGGUCGCAUUGCCUCCAAAUAAGCAUGGAAGAAAUUCACAAGGUGGUGGCACCGCCACGCAGGACCACCCUGGAGAAGCUGAGGGCCAAGCUGAAGGAAAUGUUCUUCCCUGACGACCCUCUUCGCCAAUUCAAGGGUCAGCCAUUGAGGAAGAAGCUGGUCCUUGCAGCCCAGUAUUUCUUCCCUAUCCUUCAAUGGGCCCCCAAUUACAGCCUCACUCUCUUCAAAUCCGACAUCGUUUCCGGCCUCACCAUCGCCAGCUUGGCCAUCCCCCAGGGAAUCAGUUAUGCUAAGCUAGCAAGCCUUCCUCCAAUUGUGGGACUCUAUUCCAGUUUUGUGCCUCCUCUGGUUUAUGCUGUUCUGGGAAGCUCGAGGGACCUUGCAGUAGGACCUGUGUCGAUUGUCCUGGUGCUGGGAUCGAUGCUGAGGCAGGAAGUGUCCCCGGCUUCUGACCCUGUUCUGUUUCUCGAGUUGGCCUUCACUUCAACCCUCUUUGCUGGUCUCUUUCAAGCGUCUCUUGGAAUCCUGAGGCUAGGCUUCAUCAUUGACUUCUUAUCAAAGGCCAUCCUGAUUGGGUUUAUGGCCGGAGCUGCUAUAAUUGUGUCUCUGCAACAACUAAAAAGCCUCUUGGGGAUUAGUCAUUUCACUACCCAGAUGGGCCUAGUACCUGUGAUGACCUCAGUUUUUCACAAUUCCCAUGAGUGGUCAUGGCAAACAAUAGUGAUGGGGUUUUGCUUCUUGGUGUUGCUCCUAUUGGCAAGACACGUUAGCAUGAGGAGGCCAAAGCUUUUCUGGGUCUCAGCUGGUGCUCCUCUCGUGUCCGUGAUAAUCUCUACCCUCCUGGUAUUUGCAAUAAAGGGUCAGCAUCAUGGCAUCAGUGUUAUAGGAAAAUUGCAAGAAGGUUUAAAUCCUCCUUCAUGGAAUAUGCUGCGCUUUCAUGGAAGUCGUCUGGGUCUAGUAAUCAAAACUGGGCUUAUCACUGGCAUUUUGUCCCUCACUGAAGGUAUUGCAGUCGGAAGGACUUUUGCAGCUCUCAAGAACUACAAAGUGGAUGGAAAUAAGGAGAUGAUGGCAAUUGGCUUCAUGAAUGUGGUUGGCUCCUUUACUUCCUGCUAUGUUACAACAGGUGCUUUCUCUAGAUCAGCAGUCAAUAACAAUGCAGGAGCAAAAUCAGCAGUGUCAAAUAUAGUAAUGUCUGUGACAGUUAUGGUGACUCUCCUGUUUCUCAUGCCACUGUUUCAAUACACUCCAAAUGUUGUACUCGGAGCAAUCAUAGUGACAGCUGUAAUCGGCCUCAUUGAUAUCCCUGCUGCUUAUUACAUCUGGAAGUUAGACAAAUACGAUUUCAUCGUGAUGCUCACUGCAUUCUUGGGCGUCAUUUUUAUCUCUGUGCAGGAAGGCCUUGCUCUUGCAGUUGGGUUGUCAAUUUUGAAGAUCCUCCUGCAAGUUACAAGGCCUAAGACAGUGAUGUUGGGGAACAUACCAGGUACAGAUAUAUAUCGAAAUGUUGAUCAUUAUGAGGAAGCUGUGAAGUUGCCUGGUUUUCUCCUUUUAAGCAUCGAGGCUCCCAUCAAUUUCGCAAACAUCACAUAUCUCAACGAGAGGAUUUUACGAUGGAUAGAAGAAUAUGAAGAGGAAGAUAGCGUUAAGAAAGGCUCAAGUCUUCAAUAUGUGAUUCUGGAAAUGUCAGCUGUGAGCAGCGUUGACACAAGUGGAGUCUCACUUUUCAGAGAAUUGAAACAAGCAAUGAAAAAUAAGGGCAUUGAGAUUGUGCUGGUGAAUCCUCUGGCUGAAGUUAUGGAGAAGUUGAAGAAAGCAGAUGAAGGCAACGACUUGAUCAGAGCAGAUAACCUUUUCUUGACAGUUGGGGAGGCUGUGGCUUCACUUUCAUCAACAACGAAGAGCCAAGCAUCAAAUAUGGAAGAAGGGGCAUAAGCAAUGCCUCACUUCAUAAUUAUACGGGCAAGUUUGCAAACAAAAUCAUCAAAAGUAAAAUGAAGAAGCCGCAAGGAAGGAGAGAAAGAGAGUAUAGUAGCUAUGAAAUGGAGCAAAUUGUAUAUCUCUUUAGUCUAAAUGAUUUGAUAUUACGAUGAUUGAGGAGCAUUAAUGAGAAAGGAGUGGGAAUUUUGUCA